GCUGUUUCAAAUCCACCCUUGGGCAAAUGUCCAAAGUCAUCUAAGAAAAUACUCCUUCGAGGAAAACAGGAAAUAUUCAUCCACAGUUCAUCCACACUUUCACAGACUGCCAGAAUGUUUACAUUUGCAGGACCGCUGCCUGAGACAGCCAGCAAGGACAACGUUGGAGGAUCCUUGACAAGGAAGAACAGAGAAUGUAAAAAUAACCCAAUCGAAGGAGGAAACCACCUGACCACAGAGACAGAAACAGUGGAGUCACCAGCCGUAAACAUUCAUUCAGUACUUCACCAAGAAGCCUCCUUAAACUUUCCAGAGGGUGGAUUUGGGUGGGCAGUGGUUUUGGCAGCCAGUUGGUGCAAUGGGUCAGUGUUCGGCAUUCAAAAUUCAUUCAGCAUCUUGCACACGAUGCUUGUCAGAGUCCAUGAGGACAACGAUGGCAAUUCAUCUCAGUUCACAGUUGCCUGGAUUGGGGCUCUGGCCAUGGGUAUGAUAUUCCUCUGUUCGCCUCUGGUCAGCAUGAGCACUGACCGUUUUGGCUGUCGCCUGACAGCAGCUGGAGGAGGUCUAGUGGCCUUUGUGGGACUUCUAACCUCUUCAUUUACAAACUCUCUGGUACUGCAGUACAUCACAUACGGUCUUCUGUUUGGCUGCGGAAGCUCGUUCACACUCCAGCCCUCCCUGGUGAUCCUGGGGCACUACUUCCAUCGGCGCCUGGGCCUGGCCAACGGGCUGGUCACCGCAGGCAGCAGUCUCUUCUCCGUGGGGAUGCCUGCUCUCCUGGAGGAGGUGGUGGCGCCGCUGGGUUUAAGCAGAACCUUUCAGAUCCUCAGUGCACUCAUGCUGGUCCAAGUAGCGCUGGUAUCUGUCACGUUCCGUCCACGGCUUACAUCUUGUAACCAUGACAACGAAGACUCCAUGACGCCAUCCACCAAUCAGAUAGUAGGAAGUUGCUGUCGGAGGUUUCGGACCCGAGCAAAGCAGUUCAUUGGCGUGGGGGUUUUCCAUGUCUCUUCCUUCAGGGUCUGGGCCUUUAGUAUUGCUACAGCGGUGUUGGGCUAUUUUGUACCCUAUGUCCAUCUGAUGUCGUUUGUGGAGGAGCAGUUCUCGGAACACACUGGCAAUGAAUGGGUUGUGCUGGUGUCAAUUGGCGUAAGCUCUGGGAUCGGGCGUCUUACCUUUGGCAGUAUGGGUGAUCUGAUUCAAGGUGUCAACAAAAUCUACCUGCAGGCUGGCUCCUUCAUGCUGCUUGGCCUGGCCACCAUACUGAUGCCCCAGUGUGUAGCGUUUGAGGCGCUGGUAGCCAUCUGUGGGCUCCUGGGGCUGUGCGAUGGCUGUUUCAUUUCUCUCAUGGCCCCUGUCGCCUUCACGCUGGUGGGGCCCCAGCGCGCCUCCCAGGCCAUCGGCUACCUGCUGGGGCUUAUGGCGCUGCCCAUGACCGCUGGGCCUCCACUUGCAGGUCAGACACACACUAAUUCAGCUCAGUUCACCACGACUACAGUACACCAUGACCACCAUGUUCAAGUCUAACCAAUUCAGCUUGAUUCAAUUCCAUUCAGAUUUGUACAAUUGGUUGAUGUAGUGGUACAAGGUGCUAUUACCAUUUUUGACAUUAUGUAAGAAAACAGAAAUGUCACGUAACACCUUUAAUGUCAUUUGUAGUAUUCAG